UAGACCUCUUCCUGUUUUGAUGGAUGGGAUUACAUUACCAUGGUUGCAAUGGGAGACAAACAAUAGCCCUUCUUCUCCUAUGACAAACCUGAAUAAGACACUUUUGACAUCGACUCCGAAUAGUGCAACUGCAAGUUCCACUCAGGAAAAAUUUAAAGAUCAAAGUAACCAUUCUAUCAGCAGUAGUGGAAGUUGGAGUCCUGAUUACCUUCAGGAGUAUGUCGGAAAGGAUGUAUUUAGUAAACUUGGAAAAGUUUAUAGUAAUCAAGAUCAGUCAUUAUUAGCUAAACCAAAAGGAUUGAAAUAUGAUAUAGAUGAGUAUCUAAAAGUUAAAAGCAGUGAAGAUUUUCUGACUAAGAGAUGGAAGCAAUAACAAAGAAUCAAUUCAGGUUGUCUCCUAUUAUGUCACAUAAGACUGUUUUAGUGUACAUAUAGCUACAAUUAAUCUUGCUAUGGCAUCAUGUAUUUGAAGGCAAGCAUGUUGAUAAAAACGACAAGCAUCAAAUGUGCAAGCUUUCUCAUUUAGGUUCAAUAUGUCGGAUUUUUAAAUUGCCUGCAAUAGUUGAUAUCUGUGUAGAUAAACACUAUUUCUACAAAACAUUGAGUUGUGUACACGGAAUAAUUAUGUAGCUAGUUUUUUAUUUUAAAGUAAGUUAUGUAGCUAGUUAAGAACUUACGUUCAGCAAAAAACAAAUAGAAUUGAACUUUUUUCCUCGUA